UCAGGUCAGGUGAGCUGAUCACUCGGUCAUAUGACUUAACUGACAAAGAAGUGUGAAGCGAAGUUGUUUUGUACCAAUCGGGAAAAUGGGUUUGAUACGCUCGCUCAGUUUAGUUUUGCUGUUUUUCGUAAUCUUCGAUGAUGGGUUCUCCAACCCCCUGAAAGCCAAAGAAUCCUGGGGCUAUGUCGACGUGCGCGAAGGGGCACACAUGUUCUGGUGGCUCUAUUACUCCGACAGCUCGUCGGCCAGCUUCAGCCAGCUGCCGCUUGUGAUGUGGCUGCAGGGCGGCCCUGGAGGAUCCGGCUGUGGCUUUGGGAACUUUGAGGAGAUCGGACCCCUGGAUAGGGACCUGGAGCCUAGGAAAAGCUCCUGGGUCCAGUAUUCCAGUGUGCUAUUUGUGGAUAACCCAGUGGGAACAGGAUUUAGCUACACUGACACGGACAAGGCCUUCGCUACUGACGUGGCUACGGUGGCCUCUGACAUGAUGGUGCUGCUCAAACACUUCUUUGACAAGAUGAAAGAGUUCCAGAGUGUGCCUUUCUAUAUCUUCUCUGAGUCCUAUGGAGGGAAGAUGGCUGCUGCUAUCUCACUGGAACUCAAUAAGGCUGUGGAAAAAGGAAGCUUGAAGUGUAACUUUGCUGGUGUGGCUCUGGGCGAUUCCUGGAUCUCUCCAUUGGACUCUGUGAUGACAUGGGGGCCCUAUCUCUACACCACAUCCCUGCUGGAUGACAACGGCCUGGGGGAGGUGAGCAGGGCAGCGGAGGCUGUGAAGCAGGCUGUGAAUCAGGGCCAGUACUUAAAAGCUACCGAGCUGUGGUCUGUCACUGAGAACGUUGUGGAACAGAACACAAACGGAGUCAACUUCUACAACAUCCUCACCCAAGAACCCGAUGAUGAAAUGACCUCCGUGGCUGGAGAAGGAUACCUCUCCCUGCUGAUGCGACGUCACAUUGGCCCCCUUCACCACCAAUCACUGAAGGACCUAAUGAACGGGCCAAUCAGGAAGAAGCUGGGGAUCAUCCCUCAGAACGUAACCUGGGGAGGUCAGGCUGAGGAUGUGUUCAGCAGCAUGUCUGGAGACUUCAUGAAGCCGGUCGUGGACGUGGUGGAUCAGCUGCUGGAUGCUGGCGUCAAGGUCACCGUCUACAACGGACAGCUAGACCUCAUAGUGGACACCAUGGGUCAGGAGCAGUGGGUGAAGCAGCUCAAGUGGGCGGGGCUGCCUAGCUUCAGCCAGUUGAAAUGGACUGCCCUGGAUGACCCCGCCUACCCGGGUGUGACCGGAGCCUUUUACAAGACCUACAAGAACUUCUCCUUCUACUGGAUCCUUAAGGCUGGACACAUGAUCCCCUCGGACCAGGGACCAAUGGCACUGAAGAUGUUGAAGAUGAUCACACAGCAGGACUGAUACAUGUCGCGCACGCGCACACACACACACACACACACACACACACGAUGCCAGCUGGAAUGGCUAUCCAGAUUUUAGACAAUCAGAGAAUCACCAAAUAUCAUCUUUUGCCUCUGCUCAGUCCAGCAUUAUGACAACUCUACAUUACCUACUACCAAACCGGCUUCUGUACUUGUGCACUAUAAAGGCUUCUAUGUUCAACUAUGCACUGUGGGGAAUGUGCCAUUUCAGACUGGGCACUAUAAAGGGAAUAGGGUGCCAUUGUAAUGUCUCGUCUUCCCUUCUCCAGAAGUGUGUGGAAAGCACUGACUUGUUCAAUGCUUUCUCACAAGCAUGGCUGGAGGGAAUUUCUGCCAUAGGAAUAGAAUGGGCUUAGAACCUCUUACCCUGGAAAUGUGUAUUGAGUGCAUGAGUGCACCAUAGAGGUGGAUUAGAGGAAAAAACAAACUAGUCAUCGCCAUUGAGGGCUUCCACCAUUUUAAAAGUACUCAACAUAACUUGCUGCCUGUGUGUUCAGACACUUGCUGGAACAACAAAGGAUGCGUUCUCUAUCCACAUCUAUGUUGCACACUACAAGCCUCUCAGUUCCUACAGGGGGAGCUCUAGUCCAGGGGAUGGUCAACUGUAUUCCUUACAACAGGUCUUCUCAAGUCUGAGCAAGAGGAGCUGGAGUGCUUCUGGUUUUCCAUUUAACCUAGUCAUUCAUUAUAUUCCCCUGGUGUCACCGGUGUAAAAAACACUGCUCUACUGGAAUAUUCAAAUCAUACCCCACUGCUUCUUAGUCCUGAGGUCCAAAAGCAUUUUACUCAUCAGAGGUUUGAAAGUCACUGUGAGACCAGGAUUUGGAUGCAAAGCCCAGGGGCCUCAAAGUGCACAAUGGAACUGUCUGUGUUUGAGGGGUUAGUGUUUGAAUACAGCUGUCUUGCCUCGCUGCCUUUUUAUGACGGUCUGCGGUCGUUUAAUCUAGACAGAAGGUCAGUGUGUUACUUCGGUCGCAUGGGGUUUCCGGUAUAGACUUCCCGGUUGAGCGAGAAUACCAGAACAUUAUAGGAUGUACUUCAGAAGACACAUCUCGACUUUGAGUUUGCUGUGAUGAAGCAUCGCUUUAAGUAUUACAGGGGGGAAAUUAUAGGUUUGAAUGAUUUUAUUCUUUUGAAGUUUUUAGUGUACUACAGAGGUUAUGUUGAACAGAACAAAGCUUGUCAGUGAAUGUGGACACGAAGAACCUUUUAAUGUCCAUCUUUUAUGUAGAUGCGUCUGAACAGCAGAUUAUAUUGAUAUACUCCUCUGUCUGAGUGAAUUGAUUUCUGAUUGUUAAUUUUAAUGUAAAUUUGAGCAUGAGAACAAUAAAUGCCUUUUUUUGAAAUA